UUAAGAAAAUCGCCAUCUCCGGCGGCGAGCUCCAUCGAGCUGAGGCGGCGGUGUGUUCUUCAGAGGAGGCUCCGGCGAUCGAGGUCUUCCAGGAGAGACGAAGCGAGCGGUGCUCGAUUCGAUCCUCACUAUGGCUGGAGAAGGGAAGCGGAGGGCCAGGAGAGGCAAACGAAAGCGGCACUCUCUCAACAAUGCUUCUCCAUCCUUGCAGAAGGAGGAGCAUCCCUCGAUUUCUCCUCCUCUUCACUCGUCCAGGCCUCCAAAGCGGAGCAGAGUUGAACCUUCUGCUCCAAAGUCCACGGCUUCAUCCAGUUUCCUCGAUAAGAUAAGAGGGAGGUUAUCUGGAGCUCAUUUUAGGAUGAUUAAUGAGAAAUUGUACACUUGCAGUGGAAACGAGGCGCUUGACUUAUUCAAGAAGGAUCCGGAAUUGUUUGAUGUGUAUCAUGCAGGAUAUCAAGAGCAGAUGUCACAUUGGCCAGAGCAACCAGUUAAUAUCAUCAUCAAAUGGUUAAAGAAUCAUAGUUCUUCUAUGGUAGUAGCUGAUUUUGGAUGUGGCAGUGCAACCCUUGCAAAAAAUGUGAAGAAUAAAGUCUUCUCCAUUGAUCUUGUUGCAAAUGAUCCAUCAGUAAUUGCAUGUGACAUGUCUCAUACACCCUUGGAUUCAUCAUCUGUUGAUGUCACUGUCUUUUGCCUCUCACUAAUGGGAACUGACUUCCCAAGUUACCUGCAGGAAGCAAACAGAGUUCUCAAGCCAUGUGGUUGGCUAUUAAUAGCAGAAGUUCGAAGUAGGUUUGAUCCAAACAAUGGCGGAGCAGACCCUGAUAAAUUUUGUGAAGCUGUCUGUAAGCUUGGAUACACUUCGGUUUCUAAGGAUUUGAAGAAUAAAAUGUUUCUUCUUUUCUACUUCAAAAAAAAGGAGAAGGUUGCUCCAGUGAAAUAUAUAGAGUGGCCAGAGUUGAAAGCUUGUUUGUAUAAACGUCGUUAACUUCCAUCAUAUGUUAUCUAUGUUUUCUUUUAUAGGUAUACUUUUGGUUGAGGAACCAUUUUCUAGAUCUCACUAGACAACCACUUUCUCGUCCAUUUCAUUGUUUAAUGAUUGGUACAAUUGCAUGUCCAUGGCUUGGUAAAAUUAAUUUAAAUUUUUCAA